AUGCCGCUCCUCAGCCUCCUUAUUUUGACCUUUGUUGGCUCAGCUAUUGGUGUAUCUGGCCCUCAUCAGGAGAAUGAAUUGAACGGGCAUGCAUUGCGCAAGGCUAUGCCUGCGGCAAAACUGCACAGAGCUGCUGUAAUCCCUACUCGUGUACAGCGGGCGGAUGCUAUUGAGGAUAUGGAGAGUGAGCAAGGACGUUGA